GCCGCCCUUUGUGAAGGAGCAUCUCGGAACAAAGUCGGCGGCGGCAAUUUGAGCGGAGAAAAGCCCCGGUGACAGGUCAGCGCGGCCUUCGAGACCGCCGGCGGGGAUUCUAAUCAUGUCUGAUAAAAGUGAGCUGAAGGCUGAAUUGGAGCGUAAAAAACAACGCUUGGCCCAAAUCAGAGAGGAGAAGAAGAGAAAAGAGGAAGAGCGAAAGAAAAAGGAAACUGAUCAGAAGAAAGAAGCUCUUCCUGUACAAGAUGAGUCUGACCUUGAAAAGAAGAGACGGGAAGCUGAAGCCUUGCUUCAGAGCAUGGGUUUAACGCCAGAUGCUCCUAUGGCUGUGCAACCUCUACGACUAGUAACAGCGGAUACCUGUCUGUUUCACUAUUUAGUCCCUCCUCCUAUGUCUCCAUCUUCGAAAUCUGUGAGCACACCAAGUGAGGCUGGAAGCCAAGAUUCUGGUGAUGGUGCUGUUGGUUCUAGGACGCUGCAUUGGGAUACUGAUCCAUCAGUUCUACAGCUUCACUCUGAUUCCGAUCUGGGACGUGGACCUAUUAAACUUGCAAUGUCCAAAAUUACACAAGUUGACUUUCCUCCUCGAGAAAUGGUCACAUACACAAAGGAGACCCAAACACCAGUUAUGACUCAGCCAAAAGAAGAUGAAGAAGAUGAAGAUGAUGCAGUGGUACAAAAACCACCAGUUGAGCCUGAAGAAGAAAAAACAUUGAAAAAAGAGGAGGAGGAGGAAGUUGCCCCUCAUGAACUGACAGAAGAGGAAAAGCAACAAAUUCUGCAUUCUGAAGAAUUUUUGAGCUUCUUCGACCAAUCAACAAGAAUUGUGGAAAGAGCUCUUUCUGAGCAAAUUAACAUUUUCUUUGACUACAGUGGGCGAGACCUGGAAGAGAAAGAAGGAGAAAUUCAGGCAGGUGCUAAACUGUCCCUAAACAGACAGUUUUUUGAUGAGCGUUGGUCAAAGCAUCGUGUUGUUAGUUGUUUGGACUGGUCAUCUCAGUAUCCAGAGUUGCUGGUAGCCUCUUACAACAACAAUGAAGAUGCCCCUCAUGAACCUGAUGGGGUGGCCCUUGUGUGGAACAUGAAAUACAAAAAAACAACUCCAGAGUAUGUCUUUCAUUGCCAGUCAGCUGUGAUGUCGGCUACAUUUGCAAAAUUUCAUCCAAAUUUGGUGGUUGGUGGCACAUACUCAGGACAAAUUGUGCUAUGGGAUAAUCGCAGCAAUAAGCGAACACCAGUUCAGAGAACUCCCCUUUCAGCUGCCGCUCACACGCAUCCUGUGUAUUGUGUGAAUGUGGUGGGGACUCAGAAUGCCCAUAACCUUAUCAGCAUCUCGACUGAUGGAAAAAUCUGCUCGUGGAGUCUGGAUAUGCUUUCACAGCCACAGGAUAGCAUGGAGCUAGUUCAUAAGCAAUCCAAGGCUGUAGCUGUCACUUGUAUGUCUUUCCCUGUUGGUGAUGUCAACAACUUUGUCGUUGGAAGUGAGGAAGGCUCUGUGUACACAGCAUGUCGCCAUGGCAGCAAAGCUGGAAUCAGUGAGAUGUUUGAAGGUCACCAAGGACCUAUCACAGGGAUCAAUUGCCAUGCAGCGGUUGGACCUGUAGACUUUUCCCAUCUUUUCGUCACUUCUUCUUUUGACUGGACUGUAAAGCUUUGGACUACUAAGAACAACAAGCCUCUGUACUCAUUUGAAGACAACUCAGACUAUGUUUACGAUGUGAUGUGGUCACCCACCCACCCUGCCCUCUUUGCAUGCGUGGAUGGAAUGGGAAGGCUUGACCUGUGGAAUCUCAACAAUGAUACUGAGGUGCCAACAGCAAGCAUUACUGUGGAAGGUAAUCCUGCCCUAAACCGUGUGCGAUGGACAAAUUCAGGACGUGAGAUUGCUGUUGGAGAUUCAGAAGGACAAAUAAUAAUUUACGAUGUGGGAGAGCAAAUUGCGGUUCCCCGAAAUGAUGAAUGGACACGUUUUGGUCGAACUUUAGCAGAAAUUAAUGCCAACAGAGCUGAUGCAGAAGAGGAGGCAGCAACCCGAAUUCCUUCCUAGGUUGUUGAAGUGGGGGGUCUCGCUGUGAAUUUGGGGAUUGGUUGUAGAGGGCUUCAGAAUAGUAGCAUGUGUUGAGUAUGCGGCUGAACUUGAAAUUUAAAAUGUGGAGUAAACUGUGGAGUCGACAAGUGUAUAAAGAUCAGUGAAAUUGAUCUUGCAAAGUUGCUUUUUAAUCCCUGAAUCACCACCCUUAAUCCGAUAGAUAAUAAUUUAUUAUUUACCCUGACCUGGCAAGGUGUAUGUUCUACUGAAACACUAACCACGUUGAAUAUUUAAAGUUCAACUUUCAAUGGCAUAUAACGUAUUUCAGAGCAAUUUAAGUUCUGUAAGUUUCUGAACAAGACCUUUCCCCAAUCAAACUGACAGGCUAUGCUGUGGACACCAAUCUCUGGGGCAGUGGGAAAGUGUUAUGGCUGUAGUACUCUUAAUGGCUUAGAUUUGUGCAUGCAUCUGUUCACAGUAACCUUUAUCCUAAUUAUUAUAUAAUAGGCUGCAGGCUACAGUGGUAGGUCAUGUAUAUGACUAAAAAAUCUGUAAACCCUUUUUUGUAAUGGAAACUUUCUAAAAUACCUGCUAAGUACUUUGGAUUUUUUUGUUUGUUACAUUUCUGCAGUAGAGUAAGAAUUCUUUAUAAAUAAACAUUACAUGGCCUCUUUUCUCACAA